AUGACUAAUUAUAUUUUAUGCUUGUUAGAAGGUCCAAUCUUUAAUAUUCACCCUCUUUUACGUGAAAGGUAUAAUUUGCUAUGCCAAUUCAAAGUUACUAAAUUUCAAAAGGAAAAAUUAAGAGAUUUUGAGCUAUCUUUUAAUUUCAAAUUCUCAAAGUCAGCAAGAGAUCCUAUUAGUUUUAAAAAUAAUCUAUAUGAUUCUAAAUUACAAUUAAAAGUCUUUCAUUCAUUAAAGGUUUUAAUUAAUAAUACAACUCAAGUUUAUACCUUUUAUCUAAAUAAAAUUGAAAAUGCUGGUACAGUUACUUCGAUUUCACCAAAAACAGUGUUAUUGAUAGAAAAUUCUAUCAAAGAAAUUAUUGAAUCAAAAGAAAUGGAUCUAAGUUUGGAUUUGGUUAUUGAUAGUCAAAACCUAAAUGAUUUUGAAAAUCAUUACUUACAAUUGGAAGUUAUAUCAAAGUUUUUAAAAUGUUUAGACAAAAACGUCUUACAGAAAAUUCAAAACAAUUUAGAGAGUAUCGAUACAUUUUUAACAGAUAGAAACAUAAUUCGAAAUGAAAUGAAUCAUGAUAUCCAAUUAGAUUUAAAACUAAAAGCUUAUCAAUUAUAUGCAUGUAUCAUUCGUUUAUAUCAUAUUUGGUCAAUGGUCAGUUCAAUAUUUAGACAAUUUUAUUAUCCCAACAGGCAAUAUUUCGAUGAUCCAAUUACAAAAUUAAAUGCUAAAAAUUCUUUUGAUUUCAAAAUCUUAUUAGAAAAUUUAGAACUAAUAUGUGACUCAAAUAAGAAAUCUAAAAAAUUAAAAGAUUUGGAAAUUUGUUUGAACAAUUUAUCUAAGCUUCUCAACGGAAACAGUAUCGUGAAUAACUAUAAAAAUAUCAGCUCUAUCCAUAUACAACAACUUAAGACUAUUUAUGAUGAAACUGUCAUCCCAAAUUUAAGAAAAAUUUUAGUGGAAAUAAAAUUAAUGAAACGUUGGUAUAUGAUUAUACACUAUAUUCAAGAUAAUGAAAUAAAAAACAAUGAAAAGUAUUCAAACUUAAACGAAGAUCAAAUAUUAAAGUUAUUGAAUGAUAAAUUGAAAAAGGAUAAGAUAAGAACCUCAAAGAGAUUAACCAGAACAGAAUCAAAUCAUCCUACUCUUCAAUCUGCUUAUGUAUUAUCAGCUACAUCUUCAAAGAUAAAUAGCUUACCGAAUGAUUCUCUAAAAUUAUCUACCUCUCUAUUAAAUCCAACUUCGAAAGGAAAGGUAAAACACUUGGAAAAUCGAAAAAUGAUUAAUGCAAAUUUAAAUAAUAAGAGAAAUGAAUCUGUAACUUCUAAUUCACCAGAGUCUCCAUUGCGGUCCCCAUUGUCAUCACCUACAUUAAAAAAUGCAAAAAAUGGUAAUUUUGUAUUAACUAGUUCUCAGAUAAUAGAUUCAAACAGGAUAACUCAAGAAUCCAGUAAAAAACAUCUAAGAGCAAUUUACUCCAAAGAAUCUAAUCAAAGACAUUUCAAGCCAACGACACAGUCACUAAGAGAGGAUCCUAGACCAAAAGCCUACAUCUCGCUAUCCCCUAGAUCCUUCUCUAUGAGUAAUAUCCCUAUUCAAAAAUUUCAAACAAGAGAGAACAGCUACUAUUACAAUGAGAAAAGAAAAUUAAAUGAAAUUAAAUCAGGAAAAACUUUGCAUAAUGCAGAUAUUCAGAAACAAACUGAUGACUCAGUACCAAGAUAUUUACCAUCUUUAGUGGAGACUUCCGCCGUUGUGGGCUUAAACAUAUCUUCAUCCACUCUAUUUUCUCCAUCUUCUCCACCAAUUAAAAAAGUAAGAUUUGCAACUAUUGCUACCGUUGUUAGUGGCGACGUAAAUGGCCCUGUUCUACAUACUGAACAAUUAUUUAAGGACACUAAAGAAGAAAUAACUUCAUGA